AUCUGUCAGUCAGUCAACAAAUUGAAAUAGGUUGGUUCUUGUUUUUUUGGUUGAGUUGUUUAACGUUUUUAUUCUUUGACCAGUAAUUAUACAAACUUAACAAAUACAUUUCAGUGAAAAUAGAAGUUGUUUGUUCACUAUGGUAACUAAUUUUGAUACACUUUGCGGAGAAUUAGAAAAGAAUGAAUUGGAGGCACCAAAUGGCAUUGCGUCUCCCACAACAUAUGGCCAGCUUUUAGCUAUUUAUUUGUAUCAAAAUGAUCUAUGUAAUGCAAAAUUUUUAUGGAAAAGGAUCCCACCAAAUAUACUAAGUAGUAAUCCUGAAAUACCUGCUAUUUGGGCAGUGGGGCAGAAGUUAUGGAAAAAAGAUUUAGCAGGAACAUACCAAGCUCUGGCUGCUUUUACUUGGACAGAACCAGUGUCCAACAUCAUAAGGGCACUUGAAGAGAAAGUCAGAGAGCGUGCCUUCAAUCUGAUCGGACAAUCAUACAGCUCCAUAUCAAUUGAUACUGUGAUAGCAAUGACUGGGCUGUCUAAGGAAGCCGUGUUGCAGGCGUGCCGGGACCGCAAGUGGGAACUUGCAGAAGAUGGAGUCACUGUCAACCCAACACCACCAACUCAGCCUGCGCCACUCCACACAUCCAGCGAAGACCAGCUCUUUAAACUGACCGAAUUUGUUUCCUUCUUAGAAAACUAAGUAAAUUAUUCCAGGUACAAUGCACCAAAACUCCUGCGGAUGUAAGCACGCUGCUAUGAAGAACGAACUGGAAAGAGCGAUCAAGAAAAUAGCGGAAGGAGAUCCGAUACCGUCCUCGCCCAACUGAAGCGCCGUACCGACGAUCACAGCCAUCAUAAUCAUGGCGUACGCUGUCGAUAGUAUUUGUGCCACCAAUAACUGGAAUAUAAUAUAACUUAUUUAUCAAU